AUGUCAAAGAAAACUGUAUACGUGCUUCUGUGUUCCGUAUUAAUUGUGGUUUUGUUCUGCGUGUUUUGCUAUCUACUCAACAUUGUGAACCCCGAAGUGUAUCUUACGAACACUACUGAUCCCAGAAGGUUGGACCUUUCGCCAACAGAGGAGCUUAGCGCUAAGGACGACGUCCAUUACGGUCUGGAGAAAGCCCCGGAGACAUACAAGCCGAAAGCGCCUUACGAAUCGGAGAUCAAAUGGGAUGACUAUCGGAGGAAGUCAUACCCCGUGCAAAUACCGAUAGUGACGCCGACGGACAAGCAAACGCCCGUAACUGUCAUAGUUUACCCUUCGAAAGACCACAGGAGGUCCGUAGAGACAAACAACGUGCCGAAAUACAAGGAUCGAAGCUCCAAAAACGUGCUUUUGAAAAUCGUCGAUGACAACGGGCAAGCCAGAAUGGAGGUAAUCGUCGAUUCGGGCCAGAUACAUUACAAGAACCAGUUGAAUAAACCCAAAGAAAAUAACGGCGAAUUGGAAGUUUACGAGAUCAAAUCUAAUAAUACGCUGCUUUAUAACAUACAGGAACAAUCCUUGAAAAUUGUCGACGAUGGUCUGCCUAAGGUUGUAAAUGUAAAUAUA